UUCAGUUUUUCUGGCUGCAAUAUAUUACUCCCCUUGAGUAUUCUUUGCAAUAGUGACGUGGAAUGGAUCCUACUACUACUCUACUACUUGCCAAACAACCACCAUCACUAAAACAAGAGCAAGACAGUCCUCACGAGACGGAAAUACAAGUUGAUGAUGUACUAAUUGGUAGAGAGCUUGGUAAUGGGGAAUUUGGAAAAGUGUAUGAAGCAAAUUGGGUGAGCAAGAAACAUUUGGUUGCUGUCAAGAUUGUAGAAGUUUGUCCAGACAGGAAGUGCAAUGUCCAGGUUUUCCUUGGUCUUAACCAUCCUAAUCUGUUGAGAAACUUUGGGAUAAUCAGAACAACCAGCUGGAUAAUAAUGGAACUAUCACCACAUGGAAAUCUACUGCAGUAUUUGAUGAAUAAAAACGAUCAACUGACAUCAAACACUCGUCACUCUUGGAUCUAUGACUUAAUUUAUGGAAUCAUUUUUCUCCACGAGAAUGGUGUAAUACAUCGGAAUUUAAAAUCUUCAAACUGUUUUAUAUUUGAUUCUUGCUUGAAAAUUAGCGAUGGACUUACAAAUCAGAGGUCAUUUAAUAAUACUGAUGAGUAUCUAGAUAGCAAUGUUCCAUGGAUGGCACCAGAGGUUCUUGGAGACCCCACCAGAACAAGUAUAAUGUCAGAUAUCUAUUCCAUUGGCAUUGUUGUCAAUGAAAUCCUGAGUGGGAAAAUCCCUUAUGGAGACUAUACAAAAACAAAACGACAGCUUAUGAGAAAAAUUAUUCACGAUGACCUACGACCAACGAUUCACAAAAAAUGCGGGUCGGAACUGAUGAAGCUUCUAACAGAAACCUGGAGCAAGGAUUCUAGGUUGAGACCUACUGCCACAGCAUUUCUAAGACUGUAUCAGAGGUGUUACUUAACCAGCCCAACACAUGCAAAGGAUAUACGUAUAAGUUCUGUUGCAAAGAGACUUUUUCUUGACACUAAAGAUUCUGGAUACAACAUCAAAUGUCUUCAUAUUCUACCAUCUGGCUAUCCUGUGAUAUCAUGCAUGCGGCAAACACCAGACUAUGUCUUGCACACGAAACUCCUUGUGUUCAAAUCUGACUCUGAGACAAUGACCUUACAUGAAAGCUCUUCAGACUCCAAUGAUCAGCAGGUUCACAUCUGCACAAGCUUUGCCACAAAUAGCGUCAUCUUUGCUCUAUGCUACGAAAUCGGAACUAAGGAGUACACAUUGAUGAAAUUUGACAUACGUGGCAAGAGCAUCGGAAAGGUCAACCUCGAAGGCUUAAGCCAGAAAUUGGAUACACUUCAUUAUCAUGGAAUCACCUGCGACAGAAGUGGUUUCAUCUACAUUAUAACAUGUCAGGCAAAACAGCCAAAGCAUGGUUUCUUAAAAUUCUCGUGUGUUGGAGAACCAUGUGGAGAGAUUACCCUUGACAGCAUCACCUCCCCAAAUUGGGUAGACAUCAAAAACAAUAUAUUGUGGGUUGCUAAACAUCAAGGGACAUGCAACCACAAAGGCAACAAUGUCAUCGGUGCAUUCGACCUUGAAGGCCAGCCUUUAGCUAGUUUAAUCAACCCAUAUUUAGUAUGCAAAUAUGAGCCGUUUCUUAAGAGUUUCUGCUUAGCCAUCUCUCCAAACGGAUUUUUGAUUGUGUCCGAUUAUAGUGGAACUCGGUUUGUUCUAAAUUACCAGGGAAAUGUAGUUUACGAUGACAUCCGUGCAAGUUCUAACGUUAUGUAUGGCAAUAUGGAGCUGAUUGGAAAACGAUACCUUGUGCAGCAGACAUGGAAUAAACAGGGAUACCCAGAUGUUAUCCAGUAUUACACACUCCUUGCGGAUUACAAAUUCUCAUAAGGAAUGUUAAUCUAUAAUGACUAUUUAAUGUUAAAGGUAAUUAAAUCAUAUAGUUUUUGUAUUUAACUAUAUUUCACGAGGGGAACCCUAAUGGCUAUAAGUUCUCGCCACUUCACAUAAUUAGUUUGACAUGGAGUCACUUGAAUCUUCAGACGAGGCGAUUUUUUAAAACCAUCAGAGCCAGCUGAAUAUACCUAGCUGAAUAGCGAAAAAU